AUGGAGAGGAACAGAACAUUGCUCCUAACGCUUCUGAUCUUUGCUGCCUUUCCUGUUUCCUGCCUCUCUGAGUUUCCGACACCGCAACUGAUUAAAGAAUGGGUGGAUCAGAUGCAGCACGACCUCGUGACCUUGGCAGACGCGGCCAGCGCAGGAAAGCGCCUCGAACAGAUUUUUCUGGAUAACAGGAAUAUGUACACCGUAGAGUUCAAUAACGCAGCCCAGCUUGUGACAGACGCAGCCAGGAACAUCGAGAGCCUUCUGCUGAAGAGAAGAAAAGCUCUUGAGGCUCUGGCGGAGGCUGCAGAGAAUUUUCAGAAGGAGCAUCAGUGGAAAGAUGAUAUUAAUGUUAGUGAAAUCGUUUACUACAAUGCCAAGGACAAUCUGGAUAGUAAUUCGACGGAGGGCAGGAAAAACCGGAUUAUACCGGAUUUCAAGGAGGACCAAGGGUUUAAAAACCAGCUCACCUCAUACAACCAUACAGCAGUUCAUAUUCCCACUGAUAUAUACGAUGGCUCAACCAUAGUCCUGAAUGAGCUGAACUGGACGGAGGCCCUGGAGGACGUCUUUAAGAAGAACAGGGAGGAGGAUGACACGCUGCUCUGGCAGGUGUUUGGCAGUGCCACUGGACUGGCCCGUUACUACCCAGCUUCUCCAUGGAUGAAUGCCAGGAAGUCACCCAGUAAAAUAGACCUGUAUGACGUGCGACGCCGACCAUGGUAUAUUCAGGGAGCGGCCUCUCCAAAGGACAUGCUCAUUCUGGUGGAUGCGAGUGGAAGUGUGUCCGGAUUAACACUGAAACUCAUCAGAACUUCAGUCAGUGAGAUGCUGGAGACGCUGUCUGAUGAUGACUAUGUCAAUGUGGUUCAUUUCAACACUCAGGUGAAUAACACAGCCUGUUUUGAGCACCUAGUCCAGGCCAAUGUUCGUAACAAAAAGAUCCUGAAAGAUGCCGUAUUGAACAUCUCUGCUAAAGGCAUCACCAACUACACCAAGGGAUUUGAGUUUGCCUUCAAUCAACUCUUCGACCCAAAUGUGACCACAGCAAACUGCAACAAAAUCAUCAUGCUGUUCACUGAUGGAGGAGAGGAGAGGGCCCAGCAGAUCUUCAACACAUACAACGCUGAAAAAAAGGUGCGUGUUUUCACCUUCUCAGUGGGUCAGCACAACUAUGACACGGGUCCUAUUCAGUGGAUGGCCUGCAAGAAUAAAGGAUACUUUUAUGAAAUUCCUUCCAUUGGCGCUAUUCGUAUAAACACUCAGGAGUAUUUGGAUGUUCUGGGGAGACCCAUGGUACUGGGGCAGGCCAAACAAGUUCAGUGGACUAACGUGUAUUUGGACGCCCUGGGCUUGGGUCUGGUCAUCACAGGAACUCUGCCUGUCUUCAAUAAAACCGCCUCCAAAGAAGAUGGCUCUCAAAACCAGCGGCAGAACCAGCUGAUUCUGGGAGUGAUGGGAGUUGAUGUGUCUCUGGAUGACAUAAAAAGACUGACACCACGCUUCACUAUCAGCCCUAACGGUUAUUACUUCGCAAUCGAUCCCAAUGGAUAUGUGCUGCUUCACCCUAAUCUUCAGCCAAAGAAAAGGAUCCGGAACCGUCGGAUCAGGCUUAAUAACAAAUAUCCUAUAACCUUCCACGAGGAACCCGUAACCCUGGACUUCCUGGAUGCUGAGUUGGAAAAUGAAAUCAAAGUACAGAUAAGGACUAAGAUGAUUGAUGGGACGCGUGGGGAGAAGACCAUAGAGACACUGGUCAAAUCCCAGGAUGAAAGGUAUAUAGACAGAGGAAACAGGACCUACACGUGGACGCCAGUUAAUGGCACAGACUACAGUCUAGCUUUGGUCCUGCCUGAGUACAGUCUGCAUUACAUUAAAUCAAGUUUAGAGGGCACCAUGAAAGACUUAAAGGAGGCCAUGUGGCACAAAGUCUCUGAGACAAUGCAGCAGGACAAAUUUGACGAGUUUGGCUACACCCUCGUUGCACCUAGAGAGUACUGUAAGGAUCUGAAGACGACCAACAAUAACUCCCAGUUUCUGACUGAAUUCAAUUCCUUCAUCGACACCAGGACCAGCACGGAUGCCUCAUGUAAUCUAAUGCUGCUCAGCAGGUUGUUGUUAGAUGCAGGUCUGACUGCUGAGCUCGUCAAAAUCUGGAAAGAGCAAAGCAUAGAUGGUAUUACAGCCCGUUUUGUAGCCACUGAUGGUGGAAUCACUCGAGUCUAUCCUGAAAGUGCUGGUGAGGACUGGACAGAGAAUCCAGAGCCGUAUGAACUCAGUUUUUACAAGAGGAGCCUCGAUAAUGACAUCUAUAUCUUCACUGCUCCUUACAACAGCAAGGCUGCGGAGGCUGGUUAUGAGUCUAGCAUUCUGGUCAGUAAAGCAGUGGAACUGAGCAUUGACGGGGCCAGACUCAAACCAGCCGUGGUUGGUGUGAAGCUGAACGUGUCUGCGUGGAUGACCAGCUUCAUCAACGCCACCCUGAAGAAAGAUUGUAAGGAAGAGAUCUGUGGCUGUUCGCCGAACGAUCAGCAUGUGGACUGUGUGAUUCUGGAUGACGGAGGCUUCCUGCUCAUGUCCAAUCAGGAUUUAUAUAUCAAACGGAUUGGUCAGUUCUUCGGGGAGGUAGACUCGGUGGUGAUGAUCAGUCUGGUAGAGACAUCUAUGCUCUACUCCUUCAAUAAAACUUAUGACUACCAGUCUGUGUGUGACCCCAAGAAAGACGUCAAGGCUGCAGGCCUCAGAUCAGUCUAUGUGCCCUCUGUAACAGACAUGCUGAGCUUGGGUUGGUGGGCCUCCACAGCAGCCUGGUCAGUUCUCCAGCACCUGUUUCUCAGCCUGACUUUCCCUAAUGUGCUGACUGCAGCGUACACUGAAGAAGAUCACGCAGAUGCCUUCUUUAAAGAGAGCUGUAUCACAGAACAGACUCAGUAUUUUUUUAAAAAUGACAACAAAUCUUUCAGCGGCGUCGUGGACUGUGGAAACUGCUCAAGAAUGUACCGCGCUGAGAAGCUACCCAACACCAACCUGGUGUUUCUCAUCAGUGACGCCAAAAAAACCUGUACGUCCUGUGACCAGAGACCUUUGAAACAAGCUGAACAGCCCUCCACUGGUCCAGACCCUUGUAAACUGGCCAAGAACCCCCGGUACAGGAAGGGUCCUGACGCCUGCUUCGACAACAACGCUAAGGAGGACGCGUCUGACUGCGGAGGGGGGAGUUUUCUGACCCCGUGUCUCUGGACUCUGCUCACCCCUCAGCUGCUUCUACUGUGGCUGCUGUCCGGAACCACACACCUCCCAUCCUGA